AGAUUCAAGUUUACCUGUAGAAGAACUUCCCAGAAUUACAAUUUUGUACCAUGUCACUAAGACGUUGUUUUUGAUAGUCUUUAUACACUGUAUGUGCGUGUCUGCCUUUCUUUUCUGUUUUUUUGUAUUACAUAGUGCACGUAUUAAACUUUUAUAAGAUAAACAAACAAGUGCACUACACUACAUUUUUUUUGUGAAAUUUGAUUGGUUGUUUUUAAUGGGAUCAAGGGUUUUGGGGACAGCAGGAUUACCUGCAGAUAAGGCCUUAACAGGUGUUCCAAGGCUUCUAGACGAUCUGCAAAGGCUUUCUGAAGAUACGGAUUCCGCUGAUAUCGUUUUUCUUCUUGGACGGGAUGAAGAACGGGUUUACGCACACAGGGUUAUUUUAAUGGCACGAUGUAAAAGCUUUCAAACAGCGAAACGGGGAGAGGUAUGUAGAAUACCAGGAUGUUCCGUAGCCCCUGCAGCUCCUGGCACCCCCACACCCAUAAGAUUACCACAAGCUCCUCCAGAAACUUUUAAGCAGUUUUUGCUGUACGUUUAUACAGGAAAAAUUUUGCUCCAAGAUAGUGGAGUAUUUGAAAUGUUAGCUUUGGCCCAAGAGUUAGGCGUUGAUGAACUAAGAACAGCCUGCGAAGAUCAUGUCACCUCAACUUUAUCAGUGGCUUCAGCUUGCACUUUCCUAGCAGCUGCCAUGGACAUCCAGGAAAAAUCACCAGGUGGAAAGGCUGCUGCUGGCUUUGUGGAGAGAUGUGUAAGCUAUAUUGGAGAAAAUGCAGCAGAGUGUGUUCGUACAAAUUCUUUCCUUUCAUUAUCAAAGGAAGCAGUUAUUAAACUUAUAUCAUCAGACUAUUUGUGUCUUGAAGAAGAGGAUGUGUGGCGGGCAGUUUUAAAUUGGGCAAAGUACCAAGCUGGUGUCACACAACCUACUGCCCAUUGGACUGAAGAGGAAAGAGCAAGAGUUUGUCAACAUUUGUCUACUGUAAUAAGUCACGUUCGUUUAUUAUUAAUUGAUAGUCAAGUUUUUGCUGAAGAAGUGGAGCCAACAGGAGCUGUUCCAAUGGAAUUGAGCUUAGAGAGAUACAGACACGCAGCUCUACCAAGUAAAUAUCGUGAGGGUUCAGAAGAUCAGAGACUCAAGCCUAGAGUUUCACCUCAUUUAUUUCCUGGGUCAUUAAUUUUAGACCAAGACAAAAGCCACUAUCAGAGAAUUUUGAAUACUUGGUUUGGCUAUGCUAAGCAAACGUGGAGACUUAUUUACAGAGCCAGCACUCAUGGUUAUUCAGCCUCUGCCUUCCACAGACAUUGUGAUGGAAUCACCCCAACUUAUGUUAUUGUAUUGGGGGCAAGAGGUGAAAUCUGUGGAGGUUUUAGUGAUGCACCCUGGGGCCGACCUACCGGGAAAAGUCAUUACGUAGCUUCAGAAAAAGCGUUUCUUUUUACACUUUGCAAUCAUCAAGAUUUACCACCUACUCAGUUUCAUAUAAUAAAAAAACCUUUUGCAAUUUGUUAUCAUCCUGAUUCUGGGCCGAUAUUCGGUGCAGGUGCGGAUUUACUUAUUUCCAGUAAUUGUAAUAGCAACAUGGACAGUUAUUCAAAUCUUCCCCACACUUAUGAUGGGGAAGGAGCAUCUCCUGCAGCUCUUAUGGGAGAUUAUAAUUUUUCUAUUGCUGACUAUGAGGUUUUCACUCCCAUGAGUACAACUUCCAAAAUUUCAAAAUCAGAAAGGUAUUCCUAAUAGAUUAAUUUUAUUUAUAUGCAUUAAAUACCGGGAAAAGUAAUAUCAACUUGGACUUUUACGUUUUGCCUUAAAUCUCUCAGACUGUAAUAAUUAAUAUUGUAUUUUUAAAACAUUGAUUUGUACUUCCUUCUUUUAUUUCAAUAAAUAAUAAUAUUCAA